ACAACUAUUUUAUUAUUUUUAUCCGCCCACUUCUUCAUCUUCUUGGCCGCCUUUACCAAGUAUGAUUUGGCCACUCGUCGAGAAACUUGACGCAUGCCCGAUAGACGAAUCUGAUUCUGAAGGAACUAGAGCCGUGAUGCUCGAGACUAUGGGUGACCAAGUUCAAGCAAUAGUAGAGGAAUUUUCCGCCGCGCUGCGCCCGGAAUCCUCGAACAAUCUCAUGAUUAAUACUGCGGCUCCAACAGGCACCCAGGCCAAAAAUAGGUUGCAGAACUUGUCGCCCUCCCUCCAGACAAAAGCAUGGCCUCAGGCUCUGGCCAGACAGGCCUCGAAGAUGAAGCCCACGAAGCGAUUUUUGAACUUCCAGGCAGAGAGACUCUGGACAGCACGAGCGGACCGUCAGAUAAUCUUCCAGCGAAUGCAUCAAACAUUGGGGAUACCACGACGCCAUCCGAGCCCUCAGAUUGCUAAUGAUGAUUCUUAUUUAAAGGCGGAAAAAAACCAGGGUGAAAAAUGCAUAUUUCUGAACGGAAGAACUGUCAUGUUCGGUUGCUACUCCGGACUCUUUAAAGGCCUUGAGCCUGCCCCAAAAGAAUUGAAUCCGGAAGUCACGGAACUCCCUUUACCACUCCUCUUUCUUGGCCGCCCGCUUUGCUAUGCGUCUACUCUGCCUUGGGGACAUAGACCCUUCCUCGGAGACUUGCCCCCGCCCGACCCAAUUCCAAUUCAAGUUCUUAUUCACUGGAAAUGCUGAAGUUUGAGCUUGUGUUUUCCUGUCUUCUCUGCCUCCACCUUAUUUGCUGGAGGGAGGAUACGAUUGUCGAAGCUGAAGCAAUUCCCGAAUAAUAGAGAUUGGCUGUUCUGCUAGCUCUUGAAAGAGUUGGAUUUGGUUACUUGUUGGACUAAGCUGGGGUCGUGCAUGAAAGGGAACUAAGACUGAAAUUAGGCACACUCCCACUCCAAUUUCGGGACUUCUCCUUAGACUUUGACUCUUACUACUAGAAUGUAACCAUGGGAUCUCCUUCAACUGAUAAUUCCCCGCUUUAUAACCCAACACGAUCAUAAGUAAGUGCAGGAGAAAGCUCCGGACAAAAGAGUUUUUGAAAGAUCUACUAGCCGGUCGUCUGGAUAUUAUCCUCGCUGCUUGCUUGCCGAAUAGUCCCUCGUCCUUCUUGCGCUUGAAGCAUAUAACGGCUGGCAGGCAUAAAGGCUCUUGGAGUGCGCUUUCAACGCGUAAAAUGAUGUAAAAAUAAAAAGACCUACAUUCCUUUCCCUUUCCCCUUCUUGGGUGAACCUGUCCCAUUGCCCGAAUCCAGGAAUGGUGAUGUCUCGUCCUGACAUGGUUUACCUUCUCUAAAACGGCUUUAAUGGAAUAUGCCUAGGGCAGAGAAAGGUAAGUUUAUCUAGCCCGAUAGGCAAAGACCUUAAGAGAGGGCACUUCGUUUCGUGGCUUAAACGGCUCUAUUUUCACUAUGCUCCACCGUUAGAGAAGAAAGGAAUAAAAUGAAUAUAGACCC